AUGUCCCUAUCUUCCAAGGAACAAGACAGAUUAAGGAGCCUCGAGAAAGAUGCCGAAGAGGCGUACAAGUACAUGGCUUCUGACGAACAAUCAUCGACUUUCAAAAAUGAAGAACUAAUAUACGAGCUUGAUGCAGCUGUACCGCAGCCACAAACAACCACAUCCAAAAAAUUUACAAGAUCAGAGAUUAAAGAAACAAAACCGUGGGUUCAUUUUGUUGCUGGAGGAAUCGGUGGUACCGUUGGUGCUGUCGUUACAUGUCCACUUGAUGUCGUGAAAACCAGACUACAAUCAGAUGUCUAUCACAAUGUUUACAAUACAUCAGUGAAAUCAGGUAAUCCUAUAAAGCAAGCUUUUCAACAUUUAUCAGAGACUGGGGGUGCGUUGAGGGGGAUGUAUGUGAAUGAGGGAGUAAGGUCAUUGUUUAAAGGUUUGGGUCCUAAUUUAGUUGGAGUAAUACCAGCAAGAUCAAUAAAUUUCUUCACAUAUGGAGCCACUAAGGAUUUCUUGAUACGAAAUUUUGCAACCACCACCAAUACCGAACAAACUUGGAUGCAUUUAGUUUCCGGUAUCAAUGCAGGUUUUGUAACUUCAACAGCAACGAAUCCCAUAUGGUUGAUCAAGACUAGAUUGCAGUUGGAUAAAUCAAAGCUGAAAAUAUAUAAAAAUUCAUGGGAUUGUUUAAAAAAUGUUGUUAAAAAUGAAGGAUUCUUCAGCUUAUAUCGAGGCUUAAGUGCAUCGUACCUAGGUGGAAUUGAAAGUACUAUACAAUGGGUGCUCUAUGAACAAAUGAGAAUGUUUAUAAAUAAACGAUCAUUAAAAAUUCAUGGCACUAACCCUACAAACAAAACAACUAAAGACCAUGUUAUGGAAUGGUCAGCUAGAUCAGGAGCUGCAGGACUCGCCAAGUUUUUGGCCAGUUUAAUUACGUAUCCUCAUGAAGUUGUGAGAACAAGGUUGAGACAAGCACCAUUAGAAAGUACUGGUAAGCCAAAGUAUACCGGAUUGAUUCAAUGCUUUAAGUUGGUGUUCAAGGAGGAAGGGUUUGCUAGUAUGUAUGGUGGUUUGACACCCCACUUGCUUAGAACAGUACCCAAUUCAAUCAUUAUGUUUGGAACUUGGGAAUUGGUUGUGAGAUUGUUGUCGUGA